UAAGUAAGUACUGUAUUAGUUGUAGUUAUGUCUCAAUUGUAUUUUGGUGGCGCACGGAGAGCCAAUUUUUUGAGUCAAGUCUUCAAUUCUUCCAAAUACUCACUGGGCCAAAGUCGGAGUCUAUGUCACGAAGCUCCAGGAAUGAGUGCUGUUGAGACCAGGACGCAUGGCGACAGUGUCUUCGUCAUUUCUCUAAAUCGCCCGGAGAAGCGAAAUGCGGUGGAUGCGGCCACAGCCAGCUUGCUGGCGAAAACCUUUCGGCAGUUCGAGCAAGAUGAAAGCCUCCGCGUGGCGGUGCUGACUGGAAACGGGGGAAAUUUCUGUGCUGGCUACGACUUGAAGUUUCUGGCUGAAUCCGGAUCAUCGGCUGGAGAGGAUCUAAUCAGAACUCUGACUGCUGGUGAAGAAGAUACUGGGCUGGGGCCUAUGGGUCCGUCUCGCUAUCAUCUGUCGAAGCCGUUGAUAGCUGCCGUGAGUGGGUACGCCGUGGCAGGUGGGCUGGAGCUGUCUCUAGUGGCCGAUAUGAGAGUGGCGGACGAAACGGCCACCUUUGGCGUAUUCUGUCGGAGAUUUGGUGUUCCGUUGAUUGACGGAGGAACUGUACGCUUGCCUAAACUGAUUGGAUUGUCCCGUGCCCUGGACAUGAUCCUGACUGGCAGACCUGUGCGUGCACAAGAGGCGCUGGCGUUUGGCCUAGCUAACCGUGUUGUGCCACCAGGCGACGCCCUGAGCACGGCGCUGGAGAUAGCCGCGAGUAUCGCUUCGUUUCCACCGCAUGCCAUGAACGCCGACCGCACGUCCGCCAUCCGAGCAGCCUACGGCGGUCUCCCGUUGGCCGACACUCUGCGGCAGGAGGCGCUGGAUGGUGCAGACGCACUGAUUGACGGACAAGCUUGGAACAAUGCCAGCGGGUUUGUUCAAGGUACUGGACGCCACGGCAAAUUCGGCAGCCCGAGCUCCAAACUGUGACGCAAGCGCUGUGAGCUGCUACAAUGCGAGAGUGCAGACAACUUUUGACUGUAUUGCAACAGCUAGCUAGAUGCACAGUUGCCAGUGUUAUUGGGAGUAUCGAUACGGUUCUUCAACAAGAUGCACUGUGGAAGUUAGUUGCUAGUCAGCUACCGUCUGGACUUAUUACCGGCAAUUCCCGCACACGCUUUCCGCAUGCAUCCGCAGCUUACCGGCUUCAUGCUGCCACUAUCAACGAGCGACGAAAGCAGUAGAGACAUCUUCAGUCUUGCCUACAGUUGCUCCUGCCUUCUACACACGACACACAGGUUCUUCGACGUCUAGUCCCAGCGUACUAGUAACUGCGUUGUCUGCGUCGUCAUAACGCCACCAUGACUACCAAUCAUUGCAUUUAAAUCACCGCCAGACGGAACGUGUUCUUGCUACAUUGCUAUGCUGGAAUACGAAUACGUUCUGCGUCACUGCCCAGUGUGCGUGCAGCCUCUGUGCCAAGGAUACUACUGGCCGGCUGGCUGGCUGACUGGGGUCUGCUCUUGUCUACUCGUGUGACCUAUCAGCACAUUCAGUUGCUUCCAGCCUGGAAUGCACAUGCAUGCUGUCAACCAGCACUUUCACAAUUCCCUGCUGUCAACUAGGUUAUGAUUCCCUGCUGUCAACCAGAGCUUACAACUCCCUGGCCCUGCUGCCAACCAGGGAUUAUGACUCCCUGCUACCAACCAGGUUAUGACUCUCUGCUGCCAACCAGGGCUUACAACUCCCUGGCCCUGCUGCCAACCAGGGAUUACGACUCCCUGCUGCCAACCAGGGAUUACGACUCCCUGCUGCCAUCCAGGGAUUACGACUCCCUGCUGCCAUCCAGGGAUUACGACACCGUGCUGCCAACCAGGGACUAUGACUCCUUGCUGCCAACCAGGGACUAUGACUCCGUGCUGCCAACCAGGAGCUUUCACGAUUCCCUGCUGUCGACCUAUGUGUGGAGUAUGUCUUGACCAAUCACGGCGUUCAGUCCAAGCCGGCCUGGGUGGUAAGUGGGUUGUUUCGACAUGUUUGUGUAUAAUAGUGUAUGCACACAGACAGGUAUCAGGCAAGCUACAGCUCAUCCCCGCACCCAGUGAGACUAGUGCACUUCAGUGUACUGACUGUUGCCAUGGCAGCCACCAAUGAAUAUGGAGCUCGGAUUAGGAGUGAACGCCUGGCUAGUAAAUAUUAAUUUUUACUGAUCGGGGUGACACCGUAUCGUUUUUGACGUCUUUCACAACCCGUCCGUACCUGUCACCCCUUACUCCCUUGCUGGGUUGUUCGGACCACCAACCCGUGACUUCUCCUAAUACAGGACAUGUUCAUUCUGUAUUCCGGAUUUGUGUGCAAGUCGUGAAAUUGACGAUGUGCGUGUGGCUGCAGGACAUGCAGGACUUUCAGAUUUUUAGCUGCGUAGGCUACAGUAGGCCUGCUCCAGGAGGUACUGGCUUCUCAUGCUAUUUCUUAUGCUGUUAGUGCAACACAUGCAGCUAG